CUUGCGACCGGAACAGGUGCUAAUAUUGUCAAAACUACUAAUGUAUGAAGAUAAUAAAGCAAGUAAGCAACAAGCGAAGGUUCCGCUGAUAAUGAAAGCAUUUUUAAGGUAGCAUUUGUUAGUUAAACUAGCUAUUAUUAGUCGGUUAAGUGUAGAAAAAACGGUUCAGGCGCGAUAAAUCCGAGCAGUUUUGCUCUGAAACAAACAUGCUGUCUUCGCUGGUGGUUCCAGUUAUUGACGUCCAGAAUGAUAACUUCAAAGAGCUUUGGCCUGCUAUGGUGCUGGCCAUUAAAACCUCUUCCUUUGUUGCUCUGGACACGGAGCUGAGUGGUCUUGGAAACAGGAAAUCCUUGCUGGCCGAAUCUAUAGAGGACAGAUAUAAAGCCAUAUGUCAUGCAGCUCGCUCCCGCUCCAUCAUCUCCCUGGGGUUCGCCUGUUACAAGAAACUAGAUGACAAGGCUGCAGACACGUACCUGGUGCAGGUGUAUAACCUGACCCUGCUGUGUUCAGAGGAGUACAUCAUAGAGCCCCAGUCAGUCCAGUUUCUGGUUCAGCAUGGAUUUGACUUUAACAAGCAAUACGCCCAUGGAAUCCCUUACUGCAAGGGCAAUAAUAAGGGAGCCUCAGACGACCGGGGCGUCCACAUCCGAGCCUUGUUCACUGAGCUGCUGCGAGCCAGGAAACCCCUGGUGCUCCACAACGGCCUCAUCGACAUGGCUUUCCUCUACCAGAGUUUUUAUGCUCAUCUGCCCGAGCGCUUGGCCACCUUCACAGCCGACCUGUCUGAGAUGUUUCCUGCUGGAAUCUACGACACCAAAUAUGUCACUGAGUUUGAGCUCCGGCUCACCGCCUCCUAUCUGGAGUACGCCUACAAGAAGUGUAAGCUGGAUAACAGUCGCAGCGUGUCUUCUGGAGGGACCGGGCCUCAUUUCCACGUAGAGUUCUGUCAGUACGCCGGUCACAUGUCCAGCUACGUGGACUACAGAGUGUGUCCAGCUGUGGCUUCAGCUGAGGGACAGACGGACGUCUGCCAGCGCUUCUCUGCGUUCGGCUGGUGUCCCAACGGCACCCAGUGUCCGUUAUCACACGACACCGACCUGAUCAUCCUCCAGGACGAGAAAGGCACGGGGGAGAAGAGGAAGAAGAGGAAGAGACAGAGAGACAAGAAGAAGAAUCGAGGCGAAGCAGCGGAGAGCUCUAACGUCUGUGACGACGGCGCUCCCGAACACAAGAUCCCCCACAUGGAGGAGGUGGAACUCGGAGAGAAACCGGACGGAGGCCCUCUAAUGGAGAGUGAAGGAAACAACCAGGACAGUAAAGCAGAGGACAUGAAGACAGACAGAGAGGGGAACGGAGUGAGUGUAGAGAAUAUAAGUGACCCUGCAGCAACAGUUACAGCUGACAACGACACAAAAACCAACACAGAAAGCAGAACAGACGACGGAGGUGGAACCAGAGACCCGCCGAACUCUGACAAUCAGAAGAAGAAGCCGGCCGACACGGGAACCCACCGGGCCGGGUUCGAUGCCUUUAUGACGGGAUACAUCUUUGCCCACUCAUGUACCCUCGUCAAGAAGGAGGCAGCAGGAGCUGAAGAGGAGGAGGAGCGGUCAUGGAUUCCAACCUGCCUCAAUAAGGUCUACCUCAGCGGCAAGGCAGCUCCUCUCAAUGUGGUUAAAAGCACCUUUUCCAAGUCAUCCAAGGCCCACUUGCAGAAGAUGGAGCUAGUAUGGGGAGCGAGAGUGUAGUGUUCCUUUAGAUUUAGCUCUGUUGGUCCACCAAACUGAGAUAUCUCAACAGUGGUGAUGUCCAAAUGAAGCUUCAUGAACCAGUUUCUAUAUUUUCUGAGCCCACUAGAUGGCGCCAAACAAAGUCCAACAAAGGGUUAAAAGCCUUUCUUGAGCCUUUUUCUUUAACCCAUUUAGGCCUAAAACAUCUGAAAAAAAUGCCUGUAAAACCUAUGGGCGAUUUUAAAAUAACCCCCUAAAACAUGGGUCUCAAACUGGCGGCCCGCGUGCCAAUUGCGGCCCUUGCGACGAUAUUUUGUGGCCCCCACCUUGAUAUGAAAGUUUAAUGUGAGUUUUAUAUGAAUGGCACUUUACUGUGUUGUGUGUGGAAGGUCCCUUUUAAUUACUUUUUUUUUGGUAAUUUUGUGUCUUUUUUUGGUAAUUUAGUUUUUUUAAGUAAUUUAGGUCUUUUUCUGUCAUUUUGUGUCUUUUUUGUUCAUUUUGUGUCAUUUU